GUGUUGAUCAAAGGAGCCGACCGCCUACACUUUCUAGUGUCAUGUGACGACCGUGAAAAGUGCAGUGUUAACAGUGAAUAAUGUGCUUAUUACCGUCAUCUUAUAAUAAGAUGAUUUCCAUUAAAACUCACAAUCAGUGUCCCCGAGGGAUGAAUUGAUUUAUCUAUAAUCAUCGAAUAUUUCAUACGUGAGCGGAACAAUUUUUCUUCAGGAUGUCGGGAUUGACGCUGUCAUCUUUAUCAGACUUGUCCCGGCACUGGGCUCCUCCGCAAUCACGCGGUACUGGAAUGGAUUCUCACAUAAAAAAUGCGACUGAAUGUGACCGUUGCGAUUGCUGUCCUUAUGGAUAUCACAUCCAUCUUGAUUUCGUACGGUACUGCGAGAAUUUGGCGCUGGUGCCUCCAAGCUCCCCAACGCCGUCUGAGCUACGCAGAAAACGCAGACGUAAGCAGCGCCAAUCCAUGGAGAUGCUUCUGGGUCUUCUACCGCCUCUUCCUCAGACUCCUGCUUCGCGCGAAUCCUAUACCACUACUAUUUCAUCGGUUCCAUCGGUCCCAGCAAGCCCUGUUACUCCAACGAGUACAACGUACAGUAGCUAUGAGGAUUUAGUAAAAGACCGAGCCCUGGAAGAAGCUGUUAAAGAUUUUGAAUCUACAUUAGAAAGAUCUUAUAGAAAACGCAGUACGAACCACAUUUCGCCAAGUCCAAUUCGGCUACAGCUUACACAAAUUAAAAGCACUUUGCCUAAAUAUUUACCGAAAUCAGAUCCUGAUAUUCACGAAAAUGGCCAUGACGAAGAUGCACAGAGUACAACAGCACUGCAAAAUAUACGGAGACACAUGGCUUAUAGCCUUAGAAGAGUUCGUGAAUUAGAAGAGCAAAUUAAAAUUAUUCCUAAAUUACAGAUGCAAAUCACAUCAUUAAAAGAAGAAAAGAAGAAAUGGGAAAGUGAAAUGCAGCAAUCAAAAGAAAUACAACCAUCAGCAGUGAAAAUGAUUACCCCGACACGCGUAAACCUUGUUUCUUUAACCAGUUUAAAUUCAAGAACGCGAUCACCAACUCCGGAGCCUCAGCAAUUAAUCAAAAACACGCGUGAUGCAGAAGUCAUGUGUAGUGUUAUUACAAGAAAUGUUGGGAUCGCUACUCAAUCUACCAGGUGCAGAACUUUAGGUGUUGGCAGUGACAGCAUAGAAGUUCCACCACAACCUAUAAGAUACAGUUCCUCUAUGCAAACGGAACUAUCUAUGCAUGACGUGUUGUCGCGUUUAGAAGCAGAACUGCAAAUACAAAAUAUUCGUCAAAAACUUAUUAAAGAAAAACCAGUCAUGAAAAAUAUAGGCUCGCAAAAUGACGUUUCAACUAAGAAUAAUUUCUGCCAGGUCAAUCCGAGCACAAAAUCUGUUGGCGUUGAAAUCUCUAUAAAACCAACCACAGCAGAAGUCGCUGUAGAAGCCAAGACCGAAUACAAAAAUUCAAGUUGCACAGCAAAUAUUGUUCAAAAAUGUGCAAAGUGCGAAGAGCAGAAAAAGAUAGACGAAUCUAGUAUGAAUGGAUAUACUAAUUCUUCCUCUCUAAGUUUGCUAAAUAUAAUCAAAGACAAACCAGUUGAAUCUAAACUAAAUCUCAAAGACAAAGUGACGAAACAUAUUGGCACCCAAGUAACUCAAUUCACAGAAUCUAAACAAACUCAGUCUUCUCCUCGUUGUGACACAAAAAGUACUCAACAGUCGACAACUACAUAUUCUAAAAGCCAACAAUAUGACUUGGUUGGCGUUGCCAAAUAUACGGAUACGGCCAACUUAAUUGAUAUUAAAGAUCAGCAAUCUAAUACAACACAUCCGCAGCUUGUUGAUGCCAGCUGUGGAGAAAAUAUUAAACCUCACGUUAUGAUAUCGUGCGCUGAUAAUUAUUGUGAUACUUGCAAGGAACAUAUUAGAAGUUUAGCGAAAGCUUUUUCGGCGGCAAGUGACAUAUCUCGCAUUCCUAGACCAACCACGUUAUUGACGGCAUCUAAACCAAGGAGUAAAAGUGAACAAUCGCCAACUCCAAAAAGGCGGCCGAUGUAUUUAUCGAGCAUAGAACACAAUAAAUCAUUUAUUAAAGAAGAAAGUGCCCAGACUCCACCGCAAGAAAAUAAUAAAUUUGAGACAACGCAAAUUAGUCCGCAUACAACAGAACAAAAUAUUGCACAAGUGCAUCCGAUUCAAACCACGCCUCGGCAAAAAUCAGAGCCAAGUAAAGAAAUGAAAGCAGCUUUAAAAGUUUUGAACGAUUCGGGCAAAAAAUCGCCAAAGGGAUAUCAAAGUAGUUAUUUAAGGAACGUUAAUACCAUCAUACAAAAAGAAUGGUUUAUGAUUUCGAGUGAAAGUGAAUCUGAUCCUCAAGUUGUUUCUGACUAUCUGGAAUAUUUUAAAAAUAUCUCAGAUGAAUUAUUACAAUACAUAAUAAAUAUAACUGAUACCACCGGCAAUACAGCGAUGCAUUAUGCAGUUUCGCACGGAAACUUCGAUAUGGUUUCCGUAUUAUUAGAUUCUGGAAUUUGCAAUAUUAACCAAGCUAAUAGCGCUGGUUACACAAGUGUUAUGCUUGUGUCGCUUGCAGAAUUAACAUCUCCGAAUCAUAAAGCCAUUGUCAAACGUCUGUUUCAACUUGCUGAUGUCAACAUUCCUGCCAAACAACAUGGGCAGACAGCUUUGAUGUUAGCAGUGUCCCAUGGUAGAUAUGAGAUGGUCAAUAUGCUUCUAGAGACUGGUGCUGACAUGAAUAUACAAGACGAAGAUGGAAGUACUGCGUUAAUGUGCGCAGCCGAACACGGACAUGCAAACAUAGUUAAAUUAUUCUUAUCCCAACCUGAAUGUGAUUCAUCGAUUGUAGAUGUGGAUGGUAGUAAUGCUUUAAAAAUAGCAUUGGAGGCCGGUCACAAGGAUAUAGGUGUGAUGCUAUAUGCUCAUGAACACAAAUCUAGAACGAGUUCCCCGCAUGGCUCCUUGCGAUCUCAUAGACAUCACUCCUCCUCUACUCCAUCUUCACCAGUCAGCCCAAGACGUAAUGUGAAAUCUCAUAAAUAAUAAUAUAACCGUUACAGAUUUUUUACAUAAAAUAAAUUCCUUGUACACGUAACAAAAUAUGUUGAGCAAUUCAUUAAAAAUUGUAUUAGGUUUAAAGUAU